AUGCCAGCUCUCAGCCUGGUGGCUCUGGUCAGCUUGGUGUCCACUGUUUUUGCCAGGCAGCUGGAUGCCCACCCCCCCCAGCAGCAGCACAGGCACUGGGCACAGAUCUGCAGCGGGAACCCCUUCAACAAGAUCCGGGGCUGCGACCGCUAUGGCUGCGGCAACUUCGGCGCCCACAGGCACGGUGGCAAGGAGAAGCACACAGGGGUGGAUGUGGUGUGCGCGGACGGGGCAGCAGUGUACGCCCCCUUCAGCGGCCAGCUCUCCGGACCCAUCCGCUUCUUCCACUCCGGGAACGCCAUCGAUGACGGAGUCCAGAUCAAGGGAGAAGGGUUUUGUGUGAAGCUGGUCUGCAUCCACCCCACCCGGUACCAUGGCCACAUCCAGAGGGGGCAACUGCUGGGGAGAAUGCUGCCCAUGCAGAAAGUGUUUCCUGGCAUUAUCUCUCACAUCCACGUGGAGAACUGUGACCACUCUGAUCCUACUCAUCUGCUUAGACCUGCUGUGCCACCAUUCCCACAGCAAGACAGGCGCUGGGCCACAAUAUGCUCUGGGAACCCUACCAACGAGAUAAGAGGCUGUGAUAAGUAUGGCUGUGGAUACUACAAAGCCCCAAGACACGAUGGAAAAUCCAGGCACCAGCACACGGGGGUGGAUGUCAUCUGUGCUGAUGGAGCCACCGUGUUUGCGCCCUUUUCCGGAGAGCUCUCUGGGCCUGUCAAGUUCUUCCACAACGGGAACGCCAUCGAUGAUGGGGUGCAGAUCAGGGGACAAGGCUUCUGUGUCAAGCUGGUCUGCAUCCAUCCCAUCAGGUACAACGGCAGAAUUUCAAAGGGGCAGGUCCUCGGCAAGAUGUUGCCAAUGCAAAGAGUCUUCCCUGGGAUCACAUCUCACAUCCACGUGGAGAACUGCGACCACUCAGAUCCUACCAGCAAUCUUGAAAGGGGGAAAGGGCAAAGGGAGUGA